UUCGUCAACACACACUCUCGUGGAAUGCAUGCGACUUAGCACUCGCCUGGGGGGUGUACAUUUGAUCAAAUGAAUCAUCAACCUACCGAUGCAUGAGUUUGAUUAAUACAAAGAAUAGAAUAGAAGCAGCUAGCGUAGCUAUGCAUGAUAUAACUCAUUCCGCCACGCAAACAACCAUUCACGUCAACAUUUCUAUAAUGAAUAUAUACCUCGGAGGAAAGUAAUCAGAAUGACGCUGAUAAGUUUGCUUAUUAUUCUCGGGUUGACUCUGAUAGAUGUUGGGAAUGCCACACCAGUAUAUUCAGGUGGAUGUAACUGCACUCUCGAGACAGGGAUCCCGAACCUGCAGUGCGAGUAUUUGGAUCAGUUCGCCAACACUACGUACAAGUGCACAUAUUGUCCAAAGAAAUCGACGGAGCUCGGCAUUCAAGUGGGAAUCAACGCAACCCAUCGAAUCCCCGAUGAUCACAUGACCUCUUCCUCUUUCUUGACUAAGGGAGGAUACAGCUACAAGCCCGAGCGUGCGCGCAUCAAUAUAGCCGCUGUUGGUAGCUAUGGGGAUGGUUGGUGUGCGGGCUCAAGUAAUCCGGAUGGUGUGUGGCUGCAGGUGGCAUUUGGUGUUCCAACUGACAUAGAGAGAAUAGUGACGAAAGGGAUCAUGGUCGAUAACGUAGAAAAAUACGUUAUGCAAUAUAGCGUGAACUACAGCAUAGAUGGAAUCACGUGGCUUAAGUACAGGGAUGGGAUGGCUUUUAACUCAAGCUACGCGGAGACUUCUAAUUCGAUUUACAUCAACCAAACCAAGCACAUCCGCCUCAUCUCCAAAAGCCCGGCCUUGGACAGCUGCCUACGGAUGGCUAUUUACGGGUGCUUAGGAGAAAUCAGCGUCCCGACAGUAGUGAUCGCUACGUCGACUGCCAACCCCAUCGUCCCCGCCGACAAGAUCACCGAAGCACAGUUUAUCAAAGGCUACCAACUAUGGCUUGUGUUCCUCGUCAUGUUCCUGGUGGUUUUGGCGUUCUCGGCAUUCUUUUUGCUGUGCAUCAUGUUAAGAAAAGAGCGUAGCAAAGAGGUAGCGAAACACGAUGCGGUCAUCAAGGCGGCUCAAAUGAAGGAUCCACGGUAUGAUCCCCCGUGGCGACGGAUCGAUCCAGAGACGGAGAAAGGCUGGAUUGACAACAGAGAGAUUCAGCAGAUAGAGGUCCCGUUUGAUGACGAGACAGACAUCGCUAGGGAGGAGACUGAAGUGGCGGUAGAUGACGAGGACUUCUACAACGAUAAGAACCUGGUUUUUUCGUUCAGCGGUCGUUUGACAGAAGGGGAAUACAUUAAUGAAGUCCACGGGGAUGCCUUGUAACUUUUUCCUAACCAUUUAGCCAGCAUUUAACGAUCCAUCGGUAGCUGCCUCUAGUCAGUAUUAGUCAGUUGAAGUAAUAGUCAUUAGUAAUAACAAAAAUUUCACAGAUUUGUAGUGACUGUCGUAGAACUACUACAUCUUUUUGGUUUCAAAUUCCCAUUUCUUGAUUUGGAAUCUGUUCUGAGAUAAAUAUGUUGGUAAAAACGCAGUCAAAGCUUAUAGUAGAGGCGUGGGAAUUAUCAAUACAUAAAAAAACUGAUCAUGUAUUAUAGAAUGUCUAAUUACAAAAACUGCAUUCAGAUGUACAAACAGGAGAAGAAAUGCUCCCUUUCAUAUAUUACUAUUUCAGGUUCAUAAUGGCUUCACAUCUAUGUCCUAUCAGAGGACAGACGUACGCAAAAAUGACAUCUAUUUGUUAAGUACAGGCAUAUCACGCAAACUUUUAUUCAUAUGACAUAUUUUUAUUAUAUCUAGGUACUGAUUUGAGAUUUUCCAGAAAAAACAAAACACCUGUAAUAGAAAGACCAACAUUUGUCUUUUGUCUUUCAUUAGGAAGGGAAGGAAAACGUUCUGUUUGGUACGGUUGGGAACGCAGUUGAAACCAUAAUGACAUUUAACAAAAGUAGUCAAUUUCAAACCAAGUCAUUUGUUUAGCGAAAAUGUUUCAACAAAAACGAAUACAAUCCAUCGAGCAAAAAAAAAAUACAAGCAACUGGUUUUUAUUCGCCAAACGCUUGCCUAAUUGAAAAAGCAGAAGAACCUCUUACCUAUAUUACACAUUGUAAUUAUUUUGAAGAAUUUUAAAUAUUUCACGCGACAGAAUUAAAAUUGAUGGCUUUAAGGUA